AUGACGAAAGCAAAGGUCGAGGCUAGUUCUCCGGUCCACGCGCUCCUGUCCGGCGCAGUUAAAGCAGAAGCGCACAAGAUGAACCAAGUGAAACAAAAAGACCCGAAUUCAAAACCAAAGCGGGACCCGAAGGGCAGCCGAAAGGACGUCAGACGCUGCGAGAAAGCCAGGCGACCUGCUCCCGGUGCAAUGAAAAGUCGAAACAAACCCUCCGGCUGCAGGACAGUUCCAGACGCCAGCGGCACAGGUGAUGGUUUGAGUAAAGACUCCGGUGGAAAGACGGACAGCAGCUCAGAGAUGUCCGACUGCACUUCGGAGGAAAUCAGAGCAGCCAAUAACAAAGUGCAGGGCCACGUUGAAAUAGACAACAGAGUGGCAGAUGCAGAGAGAUCAGUGGAUUGGGAAGGAGAAGGAGCCGAAAUGGUCGACUUUCCCAGCUACACUCUGACACCAGCACUUGGAAGAGCAGAGAGAAGCGUUUCUCCUCUCACCUCCAUGGACGGCAGAUGGAAGUUCAGCGCAUCGGGAGUUUUGGAGUUCAGCAGGGAUGGAGCGCAUGAUGACCUGCUGAGGGAGAUUGACGACUUACGAUCAGAAAAUGAAUAUUUGAAGGAUGAAUUGGAGGAGCUUCGCUCAGAGAUGCUGGAGAUGAGGGACCUGUAUAUGGAGGAGGAUGUAUACCAUGUACAGGAGCUCAAGCAGCAACUGGAACAGGCCAACAAGACAUGUCGCAUUUUGCAGUAUCGCCUUCGCAAGGCCGAGAGGCGCAGUCUGCGGGUUGCCCAGACUGGCCAGGUGGAUGGCGAGCUUAUCCGUACCCUGGAGCAUGAUGUUCGGGUAGCAAAAAGUGUGUCCCUGCGCCUGCACACUGAGCUCGAGGCAGUGCAAAAGAAGAGUUUGCGGCUGGAGUGGGAAAACGAAGAGCUGCGGGAGAGGUUGCAGAAUCUGGAGGUGGCAAAGCAGGUCCUGCAGACGGAAAUGAACAAAUCUAGAGAGGUGUUUUCUCAAAAUUCCCUAAAGAGAAGAAGUUUGAGAUCAGCUGGAGGGAAGAGUGAAAAGAAGAUUUAUUCACAAGAUGAUAGUGCUGAUAUGAAAUGCCAGCUGCACUUUGCUAAAGAGGAAUCAGCUCUCAUGUGCAAGAAGCUGACUAAGAUGGCUGAGGAAUGUGAGACCAUGAAAGAGGAAUUAUCCAAGUACAGACUGCUUUAUGGCGAUGUUGAUGCAUCUCAGGCUGCGACAGGGACCAAUAACUCUGCCCACACACGUGAAGCUGAGGUCAAAGUUCAUCUUCGACUGGUGGAAGAAGAAGCAACCCUGCUGAGCCGAAGGAUUGUGGAGCUGGAAGUGGAGAACCGAGGGCUGAGAGCGGAGAUGAAUGAAAUGCGAGAGAGGGCAGGAUGGGGCCAAGAGGAGGAAGAUGAGAUUAUGGAGGGCAGAGAGAAGUGUCUACCUACAUCUUUGCUUAAAGAGAAAGAAAAAGACACCCACUGUGUUAAACAUAAUGGGCAUCCAGGAUCUGUAGAAAAAAAUGAAGGCAACGUUCAGUCAGUUGGUGUGGUAAAACUAGAUAACUGUUCUUUAAGUCAUAUCCUUAGAGAGAGGCCAGUGGAUGUGGUGACAAACCAUCCUAAAGACCAAAAUAUAUGCAAUGAAAAUGGAGAAAAAGGGCAGGGUUCUACUAUUAGCCUAAAAAACCCAGAAACUCUGCUUACAAUUCGUGACCAGGCUAUGCUGGUUAGAUCAAUUAUCCAGUUCUUAAUCCCACCAGCAAAAGACAGCUUCUCACCAAUGACCAACCAUAAUCUUUGCUCUUUCCUCAGCAAAACUGAGGUUAAUUCUCAAUACAUGAAUAAUGCAUGGGUUUUGGAUCCUAUGAUGAGUCCCUUGACCAGUGGACUGGAAGUUCUACAAACCCAGUUAUGCACUCUUGUGGCAAAGCUGGAUUCUCUGGUAAAUUCUGUGCGCAAUAAAAUUGGUCAAGAUACUUAUUCAGAAAGUGUGCUAGAAACAGGUAACCAAGUAGCACAGCAAUGUCCUGGUGAGAAAAGGACCUGCAAUUGUAGCAGCGAUGAGGAACAAAUCAGUAACCAGGCCAGUCUUGAGGUCCUUACAUUACAACUCCGCUGGUUCCUCCAGCAGUGGCGGCAAGGAGAGAGGCCAUUUGGAAAAGACAAGAACCUGUUUGAGGUGAAUGCAGUUCUUCUCUCAGAUCUAAAAGCAGCACUGCAGGAUCUAUGUUGUGAGCUGCAGGAGGAAUAUCAGGCUGGCCAGCAGGUUGCACAACAGUUUGCAGACGCUAAAGCAGCAUGGACUGUGGAGAGUACAGAACUUAGGAACCUCAUAAGCAGGCUGGAGAGUACAUCUGAGACAAAUGAUUUUCCAGACCCAAAGAUGGCAUUGCAGAAGGAUUAUUUUGAGGAGCUUCAGAAGCUUUUAGAUGAGUCCCAUGCUGCCGUCAUUGAUCUGACCAGUCAACUGAAAGUAUGUGAGAGCAACUGGAACUGUGAGCCCCGUGAGCUCCUUAAACACUUUAGUAAAGUCCAUUUUGACUGGAAAAAUCAAAGCAAGUACAAUGAGUCUCAGGCAUUCCCGCUCUCCCAGAAAAGAGAAGAAACUAAGAGUGUUUAUUCCAGACUAACUCAUUAAGCUGGUACAUCAACACAGAGGUCCAGCAAGAAUUGGAUAUACCUCACCCAAGAGGCAGCUUUGUUAGACAGAGAAGCUCCAUGGAAGACCUGGGAUUGUCCCAUCAUGCCAAAUAGCUUCUCCAAUCUGAAUCUAAAGCAGAAAGCAACACAGAAGAGCCACACAGCUCCAGAGAAAACCAGCAUCCGUAUAUACUACAGUCCCCCUUUAGCCCGAAGGAUUCUUUUAAGUUCUGUGUUUUUUAAAGAUGAGGACAAAUGUGAAAGGAAACCACACUGCCAUAACUCUAAAGAUAGAAAUGAAACGAAUGUCUGUAAUACCUGGCAGGAUAUGUUACCUUUUCAGUGCCAGAGUAUGAUCGAGCAGAGUCCAUUUGCUCUUAUUAGAUCCAAUUCAUUGUCUGAUUUCCAGUCAGCUGGUGUUCCAUCUUCGUCUUGCUUGCCCUUCAGUGGAUGGGAGGUCUCAAGAAAUCUAAGUGAUGACAUGAAAGAAAUGACAGCAAGUGUGCUUGAAAGGAGGAGAAGGAGCAUCUCAGGUAGCCACUCUGUUGGGGUAAUCAGUAUUGGAACUCAGACUAAUACUCAGCCACAGGUAAAUAGUGUUGGACUUCAAACUGACAUCUAUCAAGGUGCAGGUGCAAGCAAACACCGGUCACCCAGGGUUCCCACAUUUGUGUCUGCCCGCUCUCAAAACAUUUCAUCUUCCCUAGAGAAGAUGCCUGGCUCUUUAGAAAAGCCUUCACCUUGUUUAAAUUCACCCAAACUACAGCGAAGGCAUUCCACCUCAUCCCCCUUUUCCUCCAGCUCUUCUUCUUCCAACACUACAAAUUCCUCAUGUUCUUUCAACUCAGCUUCCAUGUCCUCAUCCUCAUCUUUGGCCAGCAACUCCAAAUUGGAUCCUCCUAAGGAACGUAGUGUAUGGAGUGUUCCACAGUGUAGUACUAGCAACACGAGACCCAGCGCAGCAUUUGGGAGUAGCAAUGAGAGAUCUGCUGGCCGUAGGACUGCAGGAAUCCACAAGUAUGGCCUGGUUCAAGAGUUUUUCCGUAAUGUGUGUGGUCGUGGAGAAAAACCAAGUCCACCAAAUCCAGGAGGGGAUAAAAUAUCAGAUAUAAGAAGGGAUCAUGCAAGUUCAGCAAAAUUGAAGAAAAAAGAAGGGCCUCCUUCUCGGAUACCCACAGCACCACUGGGAAGGAGUGACAGUGUCACCAGAAUUGUUAAUCACAGAUUUAUGAAACAAGGUAGGAGCGAGGAGCUACGAUCAACCCAGACACAAAUACAGGGUCAGUGUCACAACCAGACCACGACAACCAUAAGUAAGGACAAAGGUUUUGGCCCUGCAACUCUGGAGGAUACCCCCUGUGGCUGCAGCUCUCGAACUUUAGCCUCCUGCUUUGCUAGAGUUUCUCGCUCCAAUCCUCGUCAUACCCACAGCCACUGUAAGCUCCGCCCCACAGCAGCUGGUGGGAAAGGAAAUCUGCUUUCUCAGUGAUUGGUGACAUCACCAUACUGAUACCAAUACACAGCUGACAGGAUACUUUUAAAAAAGUGAAGCAGCUAACUUUUAGGAUGUUUUCAGCCUCUUCUAAUAAUCUGAAGUUUUAUUGUCAUACUGGAUUGCUGUUUGGUGUAUUGAUUUAAAGCUUUAAAUGUGUUAUACAUUAAACUUUUACAUUAACAUUAUACUUAAUCUAAUGUAUUAUG